CACAUAAGAUAUAAACUCUACAAAGAAAGGACCAAACUUGUCGUUUACUCUAUAUUUUGUGAAAGGUAAUCUUUACAAAGUCAGAAACGGCCUGUUUGGUAAUUAGUACACAUCGAAACGUCGCCGUGUCACGUCUCUUCCACAACUACCCCUAAAUCAUCUCACAUAAUUUUCCCCGGAACCCGAACGCCUAAUUGCGACCUCGCCGACGUUUCUCUCUCCUCUGUUUUCUUUUCCGCCAAGCAAAACCCUUUCAACAAUUUCACACAUAACACACAUACAUACAUAAACCCCAAUCAAUUCCAAGUCAUCGCCUCUUUAACGUCGCUGUCUUGUUAUCUUCGCGUUCUGCUUUCCAAAGUUCAACUUUGGGCCUUUUGUUCGUUUGCAGAAACGACGACUUAGUUAAGGAUCAAUUUGUAGAUUGAUCUUGUUCAUCGAUACCCAUCGGAAGUCGGUGAUUUAUGCUUGAGGCUAUAUAGUUCUUUUGUUGUGUAGUACUUGUUAGAGCUGUAAUUACUUUAUGGUAGGAUUAAGAAUUUGUCUAUCUCAAGCAAUGGAAGGGAAAUGGCCGCAUUAUGCGGAGCUGAAGCCAAUUUUAAGAAAUGGUAUGCUCUCAUACCUUCAAUCUGCUUAAUUUAAUGUUUUCCUUUGAUCAUCUUUUGGUUAUAAUAUUUGAGUAUAGUAAAUUGCUCUAGACUUUAGGUUGACUUGUGUAAAUACUACUACUACUACUACUACUACUACAACUACUAAGCGUGUAGAUAAAAUGGCAUCAAAAUGGGUUAAAGUAUCAGACAACAACACUGGUAGUCGAGUCAUUGUUACUUCAAAGAGGAAGCACUUAUUAUCUCAAAUAGCCAGAUCUAGCAACAGGGCUUUAGGUGUUGUGAGGCCUGGUUUUGCAUCAAUAUUGAACAAGAAUCUAAAGAGAAAGAGAGAAAAUAAUAAUAAUAGCUUCAAGUCCACAUGCUCCUCUUCCUCAAAAAUUUUACUAAAAAACUACUCAAAUUUUAUGAAAAGUGGACUCCCACAACGUGUCCUUUUCUCUGAAGGUGGUCAAUGGAAUGAUUUCUCCCAGGAUGUUAUUGACUUGGUUAAAGAACACUUCAUGGCAAAAACAACAGCAUUUGAAGUGAAGUUUAAUGGGCGUCAGCUAAUGUUAGAUGUUUUACAUAUGAAUGAAUUAGAUUUGAAAAACGGGGCACGAAAACCGAUAGCUUGGAUUGAUGAAAAAGGUAGCUGUUUUUUCCCUGACAAUUAUGAAAUUCAGAAAGAUAGUGAAAUUGAAAUAGACCCUGAAAUUAAGUUGCAUGUUGAGAUCGAACUAAACGAAAUAAGUAACAAUCGUUUGGAGGAAUGUGUGGAAGAGUCAAACGUUAAGAGGGUCAAAUUUGACCAGGAAGGUCAAACUAAAAACCAUCUAGAUGCAAAAGCUGACCAAUGUGUUGAGAAAAUACAGAUUGAUGAAGAAGAUGCUGCAUCCCCUACUUUGGAUCAAGAAACCGUGAGAAAUAUGUUUAUAAAAAGUCAAAGUCAAAGUCAAAGUCAAGGCUUGAAGGUUGAUAUAAUUGAAGUGAAGAAAUGUUGUGGUGGUAUUAUGGAAUCGAAGCUAGAUCUUUUCCAUGCACAGGCUGAAAUUACAAAAAAGGUUCGUGGAAACGCGAAUGUCAGAUACGGUUGGUUUGCAAGCCCCGUGGGGUCCACCUCCACCACCACCAAGGGGGUUUAUGGGCUAGGACAUGAUGGGCUAAAACUCGGAAGGUAUGGCUAUGGGGUCCACUUUACAGCUGUCGAUUCUGCCCACAACAGUGAAGAUAUUAUUUGUGAUGUUGACGAAAAAGGGGUAGAAAUACAAAUACAAUGCAUGGUUUUAUGCCGUGUAAUAUUGGGAAAUAUGGAAGUUGUUUUACCGGGGUCUAAACAAUUUUACCCGAGUGAUGAGUGCUUUGACUGUGGAGUUGAUAAUCUGGAAAAUCCAAAUCAUUUUGUUGUUUGGAAUAUGAAUAUGAAUACACAUAUCUAUCCGGAAUACACACUCACUUUUAAGAUGUCUCCUAGUCAUACUGCUCAAGCAGGGAAUCUGAUUAUAGAGCGAAGUAGGGUUGACAUGUCAAAGUUAACAACUCAACCUCCCCAUGGACCCUUAAUGAUAGAUUCCUCCCCACUUAAAUUGGGAAAGAAUGAAAUGCAAUUUCAAAGUGGGAAAGCAUCUCCUAUGUCUUUAGAAAAGGUGGGGAGUGUUGGAUCAAGCACCUCUAGGGCUCCUAAUUCCCCAUGGAUGCCAUUCUCAAAGCUUUUUGAAGCUAUUUCAGAUAAAGUAGCUCCAGCUGACAUGAAGCUAGUUCGUAUCUUGUAUGAUUCUCUUAGGGGAAAGAAAACGAGCCGUGAAGAGUUUAUUAAGAAGUUGAGAUCAAUAGUUGGGGAUGAGAUAUUAAGCUCCUUCCUCGCAUCAUAGUCGUAUUCUGGUAAAAGGCAACAGAAGUAAAAUAAGUGAGUGAGGGGAAUUUAAGGUGGUGGCGAAAAUCUUGAUCUCUUUUGUGAGGUUUCAACUUUGAAAAUAUGGGUUUGGAUUUGUGUAGUUAGAUUGGUAUUUACUAUUUUUUGAAAUUUAUUUUUGGUUUAAACUUUUUAGAAUGUUAGGUUAUAAUUUUUGAUGUUCUAUAAGAAUAUACAUAUAUAACUCCCUCCUUUUUUAGGUACAUUACAUUAAAUGUGCCAUCGAGUAUAAGCUUUGUAUCUCUUCAGCUAUUAUGCUUCAAACAUUAAACUGGUGAUAUGGAUUGAAAAUGUAAUGUUGCCAAAUAUUGUGGGAUACGAUUUUAAAUCACACAUUUACACUAGAAAAUUCUAUGGUCUGUUGAUAUGAUUAUUAACCAUAUGUAGUUCCUACUUGUGCUGCAAAUAUCUGUUUCACAUUCGUUUGUUAUUGUUGUUCCAUGUUGAAAAAAUCCAAUGAAAUCGUUUCUAAGUAUAAUAAUAUGUUUUGCUAAAA